AUGACCUUGACCUCGGACGUAAACAAACCGGCAUGGAAAAGGUCAGACCAUGCAUAUGCAACACUUAAAAUAAUUUAUGUAAAUUUUCACUUAAAUCUACUAUUAACAAUGGAUAUUCGUGAAGAAGAAUUGCCACUGACACCAGUACGAAAGGAAAUACUUUUGGACGAUGUAUUAUCAACACUUAAAUUUGGAAAAUUUCAUUUUAAAAUGUUGAUUCUCACAUGUGGGGCUUAUUUCUCAGCAUGUGCAGAAAUGAUGUUGAUAGUUUUUCUAAGCAAACCGAUAAAAUCAGAAUGGAAUUUAGAUGAUAUGAUAUUUCCAUUGUUACCAUUUUGUUGUGGAAUCAUCAGUUUGAUUAGCAGUUUCACGUUUGGUUCAGUCAGCGACAAAUUUGGAAGACAGAGGCCAUUGCUAGCUGCCUUGAUUUCAGUUGCAGUCUUUGGCAUUUCGUCGGCAUUUGCUCCAUAUUUUUGGACGUUUGUGAUACUAAGAGCAUUCGUUUCUUUUGGAACCUCAGGAAUAGAAACUGUAGACUUUGUCCUUCUUUUGGAAUUUUUACCAAAGAAGAAUCGGGGAUGUACUAUGGUUGUCAUCACUCUGUGUGGUGCUUUUGGCGCACUGUGCUCCGCAGGUCUUGCUUGGGUCAUCUUACCUAGGUUCGGAUGGCGAUGGUUUGUUGGCGCAUGUGCAGUUCCCUCUUGUAUUGUUCUGGCAUACAGACUAUGGUUCAAGUUUGAGUCUCCACGAUACCUGUACAUCAGUGGGCAGAGACACCGAGGACUGGAAGUAUUGAAAGAAAUAGCCAAACAAAAUAAUACCAAUUUACCGGAAGGGGAUAUUGUGUGUCCACCGAGUCCCGAGCGCGGAAGAGUACAGGAUCUGUUUUCUAAGAAACUACGUGGAAGGACCGUAUUUUCAAUGUUGGUUUGGUUUUUUCAAUCAAUGGGUUUUUGGGGCGUUACAAUGUAUCUGCCAGAAUACCUAGGGUCCAUAGAUAUAGACCCAUAUUUCAACAUGUUUGCCGUUUACAUUGGAGAAAUACCAGGUCUAUGUUUAACUAUGGUAUUUAUAGAACAUAGGAAACUCGGCAGGGUACGGUGCUUGAGGUUAUUCUCGUUUUCUACAGCCAUAGGACUUCUUUUAUUUGCAUUUAUUAAUGUACCUAUAGCUAAAACAGUAUUUGUUGUAUUGGUAUAUUUCUUUAUGGUACCAAUUUAUUCAAUACUCAACACAUAUACACCCGAGCUAUAUCCUACCGACAGCAGAAGUAUUGCCAUAGCCUCCAUGUACAUGGUGAUAGCAUUUCCUGGUAUUAUCACAGCGUUCAUUGGAGCGUCUGUCCUGUCCACAAAUAUCACGUGGUUGUAUCCGACAGUUGCCGCCGGAUUUUUCUCGUUACAAUUUCUCUUCACCUUUGGCCUCACCUCUGAAACUGCGGGACGGUCGCUGAACGACACGAAGCAGACUACCCAAGCGGACAUGAUCUCACAAGCAGCAGUGACUACGCCAGUUGUCCAAAACGGCAGUAUCGGAAAUGGAGAUGUAGGGAAUAAUUGCGAUGUAACAGACGCUUCUCCAAUGUUAUGAUGUACAUUUUGUCUGUAUAACAGCCUAGUUGUAACUAUUUUGCCCAAACAUAAGCGACUUAAGUCAGCGUUGUUAUUGUGUUCUCUUAGCCAUAUCCGAGAUUUACGAACGUCUUGUUCAAUUUAUUUUAAAUUAUUUUGAAACAGGGUCUCCCUGCAAGGUAUUAGUCCAGAUAUUUUUAUAGUCCCAUUGUUUUUCACAGGGCAUUCGUGUAUAAGUAUUCAGCAGAAGUACCACGUACUCGUGCAUUACAGAUUUUCAAAUGUUACAAUCACGUUUCAGUUUUAUAUCUAGAUGGUUUGUUUUUCAUGUGGUUGGAGGAGUGGGUUGUUUAUAAGAAGUAGUAUCAGUCAUGUUACCAAAGAAUUUUUACUUAUUCAAAGUUUGUAUUUCAACCACAAACGUAUUACUGAAUUGAAAUUGAUAGAAUCUUGCUUGAACAGUUCUUUUCAAACAUGAUCUAAGGUCAGUGCAUUAUUUAAAUCAAGGACGACAGCGGAAAUUUCCCUUUGACCUUGGUAAAUAUUUAGUGACUCCUUAUAAACAUCAGAAAAGCUUGACCUAUACCUUUGUUUUUAGGAAAAUAAAUAUUUCAUGUUUUCAAUUUAGACAAAAUUAAAAAAAAAAAUCAGGCUUAUUCUGGUCUCGGAAGUAAAUUUAGGGUAUGUGUGAAUACACAAAAUCAGGGUUUGUGUUAAUGCUCACGAAUGUUUUUUUUGUUUUGUUAAACCAAAAUGAGACUUACAAAACAGGGUACUUGCAAAACAGCGAUUCUCUUACACUAUUUGGUUUAAACAUAUCUAUUCCCAAGAAUAAACAUACUUAUAUUUACAUACUAACAUUUCAAGUAUUGUUGAUGGAAAGGAAUAGAACGAAAGACAAGUCUUAUUGCGUUCUUCUCCUAGCUUAUAUUUAAUAGAUAUUGUAAUUUAGAAAUAGUUCACCCAAAUGUUACAGAUAUAGAAUGCAACAAAACUUGUAGUUUUAGUUCCUGUAAUGUAACUUACUUGAACUGUAAUUCUGCACGUUUGAAUACAAUGUAGAACUUUAUUAAAUCAUAUUGUUUGAAAACAUCACUUAUCCGGAAGAAAUUAUACCAAUAAAAAAAGAUAAUGUCGUGUGCUUAAUUUUUUAUUAGACUGACAAAUUAUUGGCCCUCAGGUCAAUUUUCAUAGUUUGGAUUUCUAUGUGAAAGCCACACAUUUGCGCGUAAAGAAAAAAACUCUAAAAUACCUAUUUGCAAUCAUAUGACCAAAUAGAAUGUGUAGGUCCAUGUGCAUCUUGUAAAAUGUUGGAAAGCUUUUAAUAAGACUAGCAUCAAUUACUUACCUCACCAAGGCGACUUACAGAGCACGCAACUCUGGUCACAAGUCCAAGGUUAAGGUCACACUUGAAGGUCAAAGAUCAGGUAGCUUAACCUCGUGUCGACUCCGUAUCGUCUAAACGUCUUGAUUUUCAUAAAACCAGCAUCAGUUGUUUACUUCAUCAAGACGAUUUACAGAGAAUAUGACCCGUGUCACUAUUUCAAGGUGUCCAUUCCAUAUCGUCUAAAACACUUUUAAUGAAUUUUAUGAAAUUAGCAUCAGUUAACCUCCUCCAGUCGGCGUGCAGAGUGCAAAACCCAGGUUACUAGGUCCAGGGUCAAGGUCACACUUGAGGUCAAAGGUUAUGGUCACAACAUUUUACUUUCCCUGCAUCCCUUUCCUUUCAUAGCGUCGUCUUGAGGUAUUAAUCGCCGUUAAUGUUACUUUAGUUUUGAAUUAUUUUUACAUUAAAACAUAUCUUUUGUCAAAAUUAAUCUUAAGCAAAAUAAUAGCGCUAACAUUUAAGACAGGGAAUAUAAUUGGUUCAAGACAAUAGGGUCAUAAUGCCUUUGUUUAUAACGUGGCAGCCACAUGCUUUGUUCUAAAUAUAAAAUGUACUAAUUUCUUAUUAAUUUAAGUUUUUCCGCAAAUAUUUGUAAAAGGUAUGAACACUGAUUAACAUAUUAGGAGGUAUUACAGAAACCAUUAUCAUUCAUUAACCUCACUUUAGGACUGUAACUAUGCAAAUUCAUGUGUAAUAUUGAAAGUAGCAUUUUUCUUACCAUGUAAUAUGCAUAUUCUCUACAUGGAUAGCUCUGCACUGUUAGACUAGCCACUAGACUGAUAAUAAAUAUAUUUCUACAAUUUCCUUUUUUUCAAUGAAUUCAGUUUUAUAGAGACAAAAGCUAGUCUAUUUUAGAGAUUUUCACAGGGGAAUGAUGUUGAAAUUAUCAUGAUAUUGGACAUGGCUCAGUUCACUACAUUUAAUCAUAAAAAUGUAAAAAAGAUAUAUCAUAGUCUAGGAGCUAGUCUACUGCACUGUCUAUGACAUAAAAAUAAAAGCAUUGUGGAACUUUAACUUUACCGGUGAAGUUCUUUUUAUCACCACAUAUGAGAAGUCCAAUACUUGCACAUACGUAGAUUUUAGCAUAAUAUUUUGUUGUAAGAUGUUUUAUAUCAUUGUAUUUAUUUUGUUUAGUGAUACAAUGUAAUCAUAAGAUUUACAUUAAAUUAUAAAGCUUGCAUUACAUUCCUGUCAUUGAAAGCCAUUUAGCUGAAAAGUGCAUCACGACAACAUCUUCCCCAAUAUUUUCCUAACACCUCAUUGCAAUCUCUCAGAACAAGAUAGUAGCUUUCUUGCAUGGAGUUUUCUCGGAGCUGCUCUAGUUGGUCUUGGUCCUUCAAAAAAUGAUGAUGGACGAAUCAUUUUAUUUGCUUCAGUGGACUAUAAAACUAUGAUCAUUCUUGUUUUGUCCGUUUGGAGAUUUUAAAGACCUUUCCCAGAAUGUAUUAGGUUAUAUACUUUCUAGAUACAAACCUUUGAGGAGUUUAGCGAAUAUAAUUUCAUAAAACCUUAUACGUCACCUUAAUGGUUUAUGUAUAUGAAAUAGAAAAGACUCGUUACAUAUGCUUUUCUAUCUGAGAGCUUUUUUGUCAGUUCAAGCGGAACUGUCUGACCACUGGCUCAUUUUUACUUUGUUUGAUCCUCAGCAUUUCCAAAUUUCUAAAGGGGUCAUACACCUUCCCCUGUCGCUAUAUAUAUAGAUCUUGUCCAAACUUUGUCUGAAAAUCCUCUCAGACAUGUCGUAUGGUUUUGCCAAGUAGUUCAUCGCAUUACGAGAACUGAAAAAGAAAGCGUUUGAUUUGCACCAAACCUGGUUUUAACUUAUAGCAUGACACCCAGUGGCAAAAGCAAAUCGCAGAAAUUUAAUUAAAAAAAAACCUUAUUGCUGUUAAGUUUGUGUAUCUUAUGAAGCAGAGUAUCGAGUGAAAUUUGUUUUUACGACUAGCCAGUGAUACUUUAAUUUAUUAAUUUAAUGUGUUUUUAAACAGGGUACUUGCGUUUCCAUAGAAUCAUAGACAGAAGACAUAGAUACAAGACCGCUGCAACAUGUAGAAUAUACACGUCAUGAUGUCACAUAUUCUCUGCCCGUCAGUAUACACCCUUCCGUCAGUCACAAUACGUGGAUCCUACGAUACUUUUAAAUAUAAGGCAUUGUUUUGCAAUAAAAUAAAUAGAGUAAUGGAGAAUAUGCAGACCGUUUAAUUUCGUUACUACAUCUGAAAAUGCAGUUGCUAUAGCAACAAAAUGCGGUUGUUCUGAAAACAAAUAUACAUACACAUAAAAUACACAUAUUUUAUAACAAUUAUUCAGGUUUGUGCAGGGCACAUAUAUUGCGCGCUUGUACACUACAUAUGUAGAAAUGGUACACAAUUUAGACAUUUUACAUAGAUAUAUUAGGUGAAAUGCGUUGACUUCCCUAAAUGAACGUCACAAAGAACGGCAUCCCAAAGUACAUCAGUGCCAAAGCAUUUGACAAAGAUUUACGCUCGCUUAUUCUAAGACUACAACAAGGAAGGAUAUUGCACAAGUCCCGGUGUCCGCGUUCGCAUUGGUUAAAGUGUUCUUUUAUGAAGUCCGAUAUCUUCUUCAUUACUUAAUAUUCGAUAGAAACUUGCUGUUCUUGCCCAAAGUGACAAUGUAUAUUUUAGUUUAAUAAGAUGCGUAAUCAUACGUGCACUAUUUCCAGGGUUAUGCCUCUUUAUAACUUAGACAUUUUGGUUAAAGUUUUUAGCUCGACUAUUUGAAAUUUUUGUAACCACCCUUUCGUCCGCGUCCAUAUCACAAAAGUUUGGCAUGUAAGCAGGUUUCUCAACAACAGCUAGGCCAAACGCUUUCAAACUUCAGACGUGCCUUCAAAAUCAUUAGAUGACCGCCGAGGACAAGUUACUUAACUAUAGCUUCUAUUUUGUCAAAGUUAUGCCCCUUUUUAACAUAGAAAUUUUGUGAAAGUUCAGCAUGUGGGCAUUCAUUUUCACGAACUACAGAACAAAAUAUUUUCAGAUUCCAAAUAUCUUUAGUAUUAUGAUAUGAAAUGGCAAGUUUCAAAAUUCCGGCUUACAUUUUGGAAAAAAUAUGCCCUCAUUUCAUUUUAGAAAAUUUUGCUAAAGUUUUUGUAUGUACGCUACAGCUUUAGUGGAAGGGAUUCAAAUAGUCGAGCGCGUUGUCAUCAGACAGCUCUUGUUAUAAAGUCCAUGUUUUCUUCAUUACUUAAGAUAUUCAGUUGAUACUUGUUGUGCUUGCUCAUAGCGACAAUGUACUUAAAUGUGACGAGACAAUAUUUCCGCAGUUAUGCCCCUUCUAUAUCUUAGAAACUUCGAGUAAAGUUUUUGAGUAAAAUUCAAUAUUCUUUUCAUUACUUCAGAUAUUGUAGUGCGCCGGUAAAUCAAUCCUACUUUCGUUUUCACAACACACGUGCUCUUCGGUGUUUUGCAAUACAUAUGCGAUAUUUUAGUGUCAAAUAUUUAGUAACUCAUCGGCUUAUGUAUUUUUCUAUAAAAGAUUCACUUACUGACUACAAAAUCCAUAUUUUAAGCCUUAAUUAUCCAGUUUUUCCAUGUUAAAACACUUCAGUUUAUUGUGUCGUCCACCAUAUUGUAUGCUGUUUAGGCGUGACGUCAUACACGUGCAAGUAGUUAUUAUUUACGUCAUCAAGUUUCCUAGAUCUAGUACAUUUUUCUAGUAGGGGGUUCCUGUCUAUACUGUUUGACGAAAACUUUUAUUAUUUAUUCGUAUAUUUUAGCGCACAUUCAACUACCACUCCUUAUAUUGUACUUUUAUAUUUAUAUGAUGAUUGUUCGCAGAGAUAUUAUCUUUUUACUGCUAUUAAGCCGUGCACAUGUACGUCUUUUCUACUGCUGUUUGAGGUGUCGGAACUGUUUGAAAUACUUUUGCGCCCCUUUGUUAGUUUUUCUUGAACUAUCUCAAACACUGUUGAUUUUGUUUGAAGUACCCGUAUAUAAGGCGGUGUUUACUGUUUGACAGCACUCCGCAGCCAGUAAAAUCUUGAGCAUAGCUUUCUGUAGAAAUUCGUUUCAGCACUAUAAAUCCAUUAUAAAAUACCUUAGCAUUUAUUUGGUAAUAAUACGUUAUAUUUAACAUAAUAAUUUUAAAGCAUUAAUAGAAAUACUUUGUUAAUUCUUAAGGUUUAGCUUUCUGAAUCUCGUUUGGUAAUUUUUCGGAAACAUUCUGCAGUUUUCUUAAUUUUAUCGUAGAUAAAAUACCAGUGAUUUAUAGGAUUCUUAAUUCUUGUAUUUAGUAAGCCACCGACACCUCACUUGAUAUUUGAAUAAUGCUAUUGUUGCUUUGAAUAGUUGUUUGUUGCCGACAUUGUUCAAUUUCGGUAUUUUUCUAGAUCUAGUCAAGUAUCUUACCAUUAAUAAAUUUCAUAAACCGUUA